GAGAGACGGCUACAAGCUUUUCUUUACUUUUGCAUUAGUUGUUCUCCUCCUUUUCUCUGUAUUCAAAUCAAUUACCCCUUCUUGUUUUCUUGAAGUUUCAUAGAUCAAUCUUUGUGUUUUUUUUGUUACUGAACAGCCCCCAGAAAUUGGAAAAAAAAAUACCAUCUUUGGAUAUCUACACAGUUUCCUGUCUGCAUAUAUAGAGAAAGCUGAAGCUGAUUAAUGUGCAUGAAUGGAUUCUUCUAGUGCUCACCAUCAUCACCAGGAAAUGUCAUCCCAAACACUAGAAAGCAUGUUAGUUUGCACAAAGCAAGAGCAAGAAAAGAAACCAAGGCCAGCUGCAGAACAAGCACAAAAAUGUCCAAGAUGUGACUCAACCAACACCAAAUUCUGCUACUACAACAACUACAGUCUUACUCAGCCUAGAUACUUUUGCAAAUCUUGUAGAAGGUAUUGGACCAAAGGUGGUACACUAAGAAAUGUUCCAGUUGGUGGUGGCUGUAGAAAAAACAAAAGAAUAUCAUCAAAGAGAAGCCAAGAUCAGUCCUUGACUAAUAGCCCUAAUAAUGCUAUAUCUAUUAUCACACCAACUUCUUAUGAUUCUUCAAGUGAUUUAAGUCAAGCAUUUGCUAGACUCCAAAAACAAGCAAAUGGGAAUUUGGGAAUUGAAGAAAAUGAUAAUAUGUCAAUGAUGUAUAAUAAUCAUGGGAAUAAUAUUGCCCCUUCUAGCUUUCUUGAUACACUAAGGGGUGGAUUUCUUGAAACCCCAAAUGGAUUUCAGUACCAAAAUUUGUACUAUGGGAAUAUUGGAAGUAAUGAGAACAAUAUGGGGCAAGUACAAAAUGGAGGAAUAGGGGUGAUCAAUAAUGUGAAUGAGGAAAUGGGAAUGAAUUAUGAUCAAGAAAUGAGUGGAGGCAAAAUUGUGAAACAAGAGAUGUGCAAUAUAGCAAGAGAAGGUGAGAAUAAUAGAAUCUUGUGGGGAUUUCCAUGGCAAAUUAAUGGAGAAGUGAACAAUAUGAGUGAUUUUGAAGCUUCAAACAGGCAGCAAAAUUGGAUUAAUACUGGAUUUGGAGGUUCUUCUUGGCAUGGACUUCUCAAUAGUCCACUCAUGUAGUUGUUAGAAGAAGCUCAAUCUUUGCAAAGAAGAAGAAAAAAAAGGAUAGAAUUUCAUUGUUAGAAGAGAUAGUUUUAAUCUUAAUGUAAUAUCUAAGAAUUUUGUAUCAUGAGUUUUUAUUCAACUGAGUUAUUAAUCUCUA